GCUACCAUUAGGGAAAUAGAUGAAACAAAUUGCGGACAAAAAGAAUAUCUAAUAUUUUUGUAACUUUGCUAUCCGUGUCUGUAUUAUGGAGUGCUGUGAUCUAAAGUAAAAAUACAGAAUGAUCAUUUUAAAUUUCUUUUUGGAUUUUACCGAUUCCAGACAAAGGAACACCUAAAUGUAUUAUCGGAAGGUCAACCUACGCGGGAAGUCAGAACUAGCGGCAAGAAUUAACUAGAGACAACCUUUGGCCGGUAUCAUACGAGGCCUAAGUUAUAUCUAUGAUCUCUCAUUACCCUCCAACCGUGAAAGAUAACGCGAUAAGAAGCUAAAUCCAAUUCUAAAUUUUUUCAGAAUGAUGUCAGGGUCCUAAAUGAUAAUUAUCCAGGUGUGAAACCAAUCUCAAUUUAUAGGUACCUUAAUCGACUAAUUAAUCUUACAGAUUCGGUCGGAUCGGGGUUAGUCAUCGACUUAGGACACCGCCGUUUCAGGGAUAAUCUUUUAUUAUUUCUUUUAUUAUUUCACGAUAUAAUUUACGGCUAUAUAAGCCUUAGCUUCGAGGAGAAGGUAUCCAGAUCGGUGGCGUCAUUCUGAAGUGGAUUUUCUCCCAGAAAACGAGAGAAACUGACACAGUGGACGUGCUCCAACUGAAGGGAGACGAUGAAGACCAUUAACUCGGCUUUUCUUCUGUUGUGUUUUAGUCUUUGGGCUACUAACGAAGCGUUUGGAGAGAACCCGAAAAAUCAGGCUGGGGCCACCAAUAAAGCGAAACCUGUCCUCAGUGCAUCUGAAGCACCAGCAAAGGCAACUGCGGCGAGUGGUAGUACCACCACUCUCGGGGCAGGAGAGUCAGUCACCAUACAGUCCCAGAAUUACCCCAAAAAUUAUCCUGUUCCGCAGAACAGCACUUGGAAAUUUGUGGGUCAGUUGAAUGAGUCCAAGAUAAAUAUCUCCUGUGACGUUUUCAAGCUCAACAGUUGUACUUUCUCCUACGUUGAUAUCAAGUAUGGUAAUACCAGCUCAAGGUUCUGUGGUAGGGUGUCAGCGCUCAAACAGACAAGCACCUCGAAUCAGCUGACGGUCACCUUCAAGGCUACCAGGAUAGGGAAUAAGGGCUUCCACUGCACAGUCACUGCUUCUGAUCCAAAUGCUCCCACACCACCACCACCAACUCCACCGCCAUCUUCUUCAUGCCGUUGCGGUGUCGUCAACCGGAAUGCCAAGAUCGUUGGAGGUGUUGUGACUGAGAUGUACGAGUACCCCUGGCAGACAGCCAUAACUUCCAUAGCAUCGAAUCAACCAUUCUGCGGUGCUUCCAUCAUCGCCAGCCAAUGGAUCCUGACUGCAUCGCACUGUGUUUAUGGCACAACGGCAUCUUCCAUCAAGAUCGUGGUUGGAGAAUACGACUGGAGUAAGCCAGAUGAGACAAAUGAAACUUCCUAUACAGUUGAAAAAAUUUACACGCAUCCGGAUUACAGCCCAAUCACCGUCAAUAACGACGUGGCUCUCUUGAAGUUAUCGCAGCCAAUCGUAUUUUCCUCUGAUAACAAAGUCGCUCCGGUCUGUCUUCCGCCUCCAGAUAUGCUCUACGAAAAUGUCAAUGCCACAGUGACUGGCUGGGGAACCUUGUCGUCAGGAGGUCCUCAGCCUACUAUGCUGUAUGAAGCAGUUGUUCCAACAAUGACCAACGCCAAAUGCAACACGUUAUUGAACAAUCAGGUCACUGCCAACAUGAUCUGCGCUGGAAUAGACGCGGGAGGAGUUGACACCUGCCAGGGUGAUUCUGGAGGACCAAUGGUAACUGGCAGUCAGUCUGGAACCUACAUGGAACUGAUUGGAGUCGUGUCAUGGGGUUAUGGAUGCGCUGAGCCUAACAAGCCAGGCGUAUACGCUCGAGUCAACAAGUUCCUGACUUGGAUAAAUAGUACUAUUGGAGCUGCCACCAAAUGCCCACAUCCAUAGGAAUAACGGUUCUCCUUCAUCUAAGAAAAAAUAACUUCAACUGAUGUGAUAACAUCAAUCAUUAAAUAAUUUUUGAAAGUUGCAUAUCUCUACACUGGCAGUGAGUGGUUUGAAACUGCUAUAUUUAACCAAAUCUGAUAACCUAAAUUGAGAUUUUAUGCUCUAAAAAUUGUAUUUUUAGCUGAUUAAAAUAACUAAGAAGCAUU